UGCAUGUGUGUGAGAGAUAUAGGAUGACUGCCCAUGUGUAUCGUAGCCACCGACCGUUGGACCAGGCUCCCUUCUUCUGCACAUUAUGUCAAUACAGGUGCAUGACCAUGGCCAUGUUGGAGAAGCACGCUGCACAGCCGAAACACUUGUCGGAUGCCAGGAACAGAGGUGGUGAGCACAGGCGCUUUUUGGGGCAGAACUUCAACCCCAAGGUACCAGUGGAGGGGGUGGACUUUCGGUUGGCCACAGAGGAGGAGACAACUCAGAGGUGGUGUGUGGACGAGAGUCAGUUGGACGAGGAUGAGUCUGAGAGCGCAGAACAGGACACUGGGCUGAUCAAUAUACAGGUUACUCCCCAGAUGCUGGCGCAGCUGAUGUCGGGCAGGACAGGCCAGCAGGAGUGUGGUCCCGUUGUAAGGAGCUUGGCGCCAGUACCAGCCUACGACCCAGCUAUGCCAGGAUAUACCUCAGCAGGGCAGUCUAUUCCUGUUUACACAGCAGUCACCACAGCAACAUACGGUAGUGCGAUAGGUGUAAGUGCACAGAGUACCGCUUACAUUCCAUUGGACAUUGGAACCAGUUCGGUAGGACAGACCAGUGCUCCCAGCACAUCAGCUUCACCCAUAGUAAGUGCGCCUACGUCAGUUUACUCGGCGCCGGUGUCAUCAUGUCCAGGGUCAGUUCCUGUCUACGUCCCGUCUUUUGGAGAUACCUUCAUCUCGUCUGGAUUGGACUCUGUGCUAAACUCCCCAGUGCGUGAUAGUUCCGGGGUUCCUACUUCAGAGCCGUUGAACACACCGCAGGUCAGAAGGACACCACUUAAUUAUUUGGGUACACCUGAGCAGGAGGUGGAGGACAUUAAAGGCCAACUCUUAGGUCAGGGUGAAGAUCAGUCUUUUUCGCCUGCUCCGUCCAUGACCCGUCGCUAUGGGUACGCAAACAAAGGUUACACAUCAUAAGACCGACCUUACUCCCACAGC